CCCCCCCCUUCCGCCAUCCCACUUUCCCAGUCACAACAAUAAAUCUCUUUCUUGUCUGGCCUACGUUUGCUCUACUGGCAGCUGCAGAUAAGCAGCUGUUGGAAUAAGACGUCAUGGCUCUCAGCUUUUUCGGUGCCGGAGGCGCCAGCCACGCCAAAUACUUCGAUAUUCGUUUAGAUGAAGACUACAUUGUGUUCCGAGGAGGGGAGCAAGAGGCUGCCAGCGCUCAUCUAAGUGGAAAGCUGGUUCUCUGUCUCUCUGAACCCCUCUCUAUCAAGCAUAUCCGACUCCACCUCACCGGCAUCUCUCGAGUCUGUUGGCAUUUGCCUUCCACCACUGCUGGCGGCGGUAGAAAGUCAUGGAGAGAGAAGGUCUUCUAUGAAAAGGCGUGGUCAUUCAAAGAGGCGGGUAAAAGCAAAACCGAGGUUCUGCCGGCCGGCAACUACGAGUAUGCGUUCGAUCUCGUCCUCGAGGGUUCAAUGCCCGAGAGUGUCGAAGGCCUGACCGAUACCUAUGUCACAUACCGCUUCAAGGCGGAGAUCGGGCGCAAGUACAUGAAAGACAUUGUUGUUCGCAGGCCUCUUCGCAUCAUCCGCACGUUGGAGUCCAGCGCUCUCGAACUUGCCCACGCGAUGUCUGUGGAGAAUGUUUGGCCGAACAAGAUCGAAUACUCAAUCAGCACCCCAACCAAGGCUGUUGUUUUCGGAACCUGCAUUCGUGUGGACUUCAAGCUCAUCCCUUUGCUCAAGGGACUCCGAAUUGGCCAGAUCGUCUCCCAACUUAUCGAAAGCCACGACCUUACCCUUAACCCCGAAGAUCCUGAUUCGAUCCGCAAUACAUACAAGAGCACCCGCACGAUCUUGAAUGACGAGUACGAGGUUGAUGAGGAGACUGGCCUCGCCGUCAUCGACGAGAUGGCCGAAGGCUACCAAUUCACGCGCUACUUGGACUUGCCAAAGACCCUGGCUCGCUGCUUGCAGGACACAGACACUCGGGGCAUCAAGAUUCGCCAUAAGCUCAAAUUCCGUGUUCAGCUCCUCAAUCCGGACGGUCACGUCAGCGAGCUCCGCGCUACACUCCCCGUCUCUAUCUUCAUUUCUCCCAACCUUGCUAUCGAUGAGAACAACAACCUAGUCGAUCAAACCCCUCAGUCCGCACAAAGAGCCAUCAGUGAAAUCGCUCAUCAAGCUCCUCCCCUCUAUGGCGAGCACCAGUUCGAUCAGCUGUACAGCGAAUUGGAUCCUUCGGGCUACCGAACCCCCGGACCGGGAAGUGGCCCUGGUACUCCUUUCGGAGCUCUCAGCCGCAACAUCUCCGUUGAAAAUCUUGCAUCGAUGAAUGCUUUGACCAACACCGAUAUCUCUGCCUCCGCUCUACACAGCCGGUUGUCUAGCCUUCGUGCCAACCUACACAAUCAUCCCUCGCCACCUGAACACGAACAUCAUUCAGACAACGAAACCCGCCAUCUUGGCGUUCCUCCCGAUUACUUUGGUCCUUCUUCUGGUUCGGGCUCGACUUCCCACAGCCCUGCCAGUCCUGAACUCUCCCGACGCCCCUCGGAUGAAGUCAUCGAUCACGACCCCAUCCAUUCCGGCAUGGCUACUCCUUACCACCCACAGUAUGCCGAGGUCGAGACCCUCAGCCGUGUCCCUAGCUACUCGACUGCGGUCCGUACCAGUGUGCGCCCCUGCGACUCCGGGCUUCCAGAUUAUCAAGCUGUGAUCGCCGAGGACGUUGUCUCCUCCACUCCUCAGUCCCCUCAGCAAGCUUACAUACGUAGCCGGGGCAGCACCCCAUAUCUGCCUUCUUUGGACUCGCUGCAAACUCGCACCGGCUUCCUCGGCUCUCGUCCUCAUCAUGACGACGAUGAUCGACGACUACGUAUGGUUCAAGCCCGCGCCAGGUAAUCUUCUGAGAUCUGUCGUCAAUAACCUACUGCACUCGCUUUCAUUCGAUGAAACAGACACGCAUGCAACACAAAUCCGGGCGUAGCCGGCUCCGCCCACCUCUCACACAACAUACUACCACCGCACAUAAUUAUCCAAUAUAUCGGGACGCGGGACGUCUACAAGCAUCGCAUUUCACCCCUCAGCACAUGUCAUUCAAGUUAAAGCCGUGCAUGCCGUCUCUCGACUCUACAAGUUAGCACAUGUUGCAUGGUUGGACUGGUGGGAAAGGACAGGAAAAUGGAUUACGGCGUUUACAAACAAUAGAAGGACUGGGUCACUAUGGAUAAAGCCAGGAGUUUGUUUUUUUUUUAUUCGUUCUUUUCACAUUUGCACAUCUUGUUCUCUUCUCUGGUUCUUCUUCGGAAGACAAUUACAUUACGAGCUACGGUCACGACUAGCAGUGCGCAAGAUUUAUGCAUCUGUAUACAAAAGACACCAUGAGACUAC